AUGAAUUAUUUAAUUUAUAUUUUACUAUAUAGCGUUGUUUUAGCAAGUUCUAGGAUUCAUGCGGCAAAUUUAUUUGCUGGCGAGGAAGUUGAUUUAGGUCCUUACAAUAUUAAAGCAGCAGUCGGGAAAAAGGUACCAGACAAUUUGCAAAAGGCAGAGGUAGACGUGCAAGUUUCUACAAACGCACGCACAUUAGUGGAGCAUUUACGUUCAAAGUUUUCAUCCGGAGCCCCACCUCUACCCCCUCUGGACCCUUACAAAUCGAAGGGCUUUUCUGCAGUCAGUUUAGAUGGAAAUAAUAAUUUACUUUUAACUGGUAAAAUCAAUAUUAAAGAAGUAAUUUUAACUGGCGGAAAAGAUUUCCGUUUGGGCCGAAUUGAAUUAAGCACGAGCAAUAAUAACAUUAAGGUCAAUUUGGAACUAACAAUACCCGAAUUGAACGGAAACGUACUUUUUGAUGCUCAACUACGAUUGGCAGGAAUCUUUCCAGUAGAUGUCCAAGGCGAAAUCAGGGCGUCUCUGAAGGGCGUGAAAAUCGACGGAGCAGCCUGGGCUGAAGAAAAGAAAGCUGCAAAACAUAUUUACAAUCUACAAGGAUUGCGAGCCGACUUUCAUGCAGAUGAUAUUAAAAUACGGUUAGUAAAAAGCAAUUUGAGUGAAUUCAUAAUAAUUACAGCUGGCUCGUAUAUACCUAUCGGUCCAAAUACAGGAUUAAGAAGUACGAUUCAAAAUUUAGUUAAAAAUUACGUUGCGGACGAGGUUUUUAAACAUCUAAAUAGUAUACUAAGUACACUAACUAUUGGUGAAAUUAAAUCAUUGUUGAAAGUUAAC